CACGAAUCGGAGACACUUUAUACAUAGACGCGAUAUGGGGGCCAUGCAGGCGGCGCAGAAUCUUCCCAAAGCGUAUAUCAGCCUUACCAAGAUGUGCCUCCCAAGUGGGGCCCCAACACCGAGUCUCAGGAUUCGAUUGUUCGGAUUGGCCUCGGGGAUGGAUGAAUUUUGAUGGUGAUAGGAGCCAUUAUUUGGCCGACACAGCUAUGAAGCAGGACGAUGUUGAAUGGAAGGCAGGGGAGAUAUAAAAGGUUCGAUGUCUUGACCGCGAUCGGUUUUAUUUCUUCAUUACAGAUACCUAUCCAUUUCCCUUCUAUCCUACAAUAUUCCAUUCGGGCAAUCUACAUUUAUACGUGCUACACUUCAACUACAGCACACCACCUCAAUUUCACCACCCUAUCCACAGAAAAAAAAUGUCUACAACGAUCGCCUUCCUCGGGGCUACCGGCGGCUGUGCAAAUGCCUGUCUAGCCUACUCCCUUCGCAGCGGCUACAACGCCAUCGCUCUCGCUCGCACCCCCGAAAAGCUCACCACUCAACUCCUCACGCAACCGGGCCUAACCCAGCAAACCCUGGACACGCACCUCCGCAUCGUCCAAGGCGAUGCCCGGGACAUCGAAACCGUCAUGAAAACCCUCAUCGUCUCCUCAACCGAACACACCACCACCCUCGUCUCCCAAGUCGUCUCCGGCAUAGGUGGUACCGGCGAACUAAUCAUGACCAAGCCAUCCCCCUGCGCCCAGAUCCCGAUGCGAGUCCCUACAAUCCCGCACAUUGGGAUUCCGAACCCGCAUAUCACAGAGGAAAGCACGACCGCACUGCUCGGGGCGCUGCGACGUAUUGCAGAUGAGCGAUUCACGUCUUUCGCGCAGUACGGGGCCGUCGCGCCACGGGUGACUAUUAUUUCUGGUGCUGGGAUUAAGAAGGGAGUUAAAGAUGUGCCGCUGCUUUUGAAGCCGUUGUAUGCGGCGUUGGAUGUGCCGCAUCGGGAUAAGGUGAAGAUGGAGAGAUUGUUGGAGGCGGAGGUGGAGAGGAGGGAGAGUUUGUUGCGUGGGGGGUUGGUGAUUGUUCGGCCGAGUCUUCUUGGAGGGGAUCAUAAGAUUGCUGAGCCCGGUGCGGAUUCGGGAUAUGGGAAGUUGAGGGUUGGAACGGAGAAGAAGCCCGAGAUUGGUUAUACCGUUCGAAGGGCUUUGAUUGGGGAGUGGAUCUAUCGGGAGGUUGUCAAGGGGGGUGGGGAUCAGUGGGCGGGCGAGGGCGUGAUCCUUACUGAGUAGUGAUUUCAGUAAUGGAGUUGGAGUCUUCUAAAGGGACUAGGUUGGAUAUCUCCUUUGGUCUGGUCAAGGAGUUCCGGUGUCUGUUGUAUUCAGAGCGGGGAAGGAUGGA